AUGGAUAAGACCACGACACUGCUCUGCUUCUUGUUCUUUUUCACGCUCUUCCUCACAACCUCUUUAUCUAAAGACCUCUGUCACAAAGACGACAAAAAAACUCUCCUCAAGAUCCAGAAAUCCCUUAACAACCCUUACACCAUCAUCUCAUGGGAUCCCAAAGAGGACUGCUGCUCUUGGGUCUCCGUUGAGUGCGGCGACGCCACCGUUAACCGCCGCGUCACCUCCCUAGACAUAUCAGACGAUCCGGCGUCCGGUCAGAUCCCGCCUGAAGUCGGCGACUUACCUUAUCUGCAAACCCUCAUCUUCCGAAAACUCCCUAACCUCACCGGCGAAAUCCAACCCACCAUCGCCAAGCUCAAGUAUCUCCGUUUUCUCUGGCUCAGCUGGAACAGUCUGACCGGGCCGGUUCCAGAGUUUCUGAGUCAGCUCAAGAGUCUCGACUACAUAAACCUUUCCUUCAAUAAACUUUCCGGUUCCAUACCCGCUUCUCUCUCUUUGUUACCUAAACUCGAGUUUCUUGAACUCAGCAGGAACAAGCUUACAGGUCCGAUACCAGAGUCAUUUGGGUCGUUUAAAGGAAAAGUCCCUGACCUUUUCCUAUCACACAACCAGCUCUCCGGUUCGAUACCAAAAUCACUAGGCAAUCUCGACUUUAACCGGAUCGAUUUCUCCCGUAACAAGCUCCAAGGUGAUGCUUCGCUGUUGUUUGGAGCCAAAAAAACGACAUUUUGCAUUGAUUUAUCGAGAAACAUGUUCCAGUUCGAUACCUCCAAGGUCAACAUCUCUAAGACAGUUAAUCGAUUAGACUUGAAUCACAAUGGCAUCACAGGGAGUAUCCCGGUUCAGUGGACCGAACUUAGUCUUCAGUUUUUCAAUGUUAGCUAUAACAGACUCUGUGGACCCAUCCCAAAGGGAGGGGAUCUUCAGAGAUUUGAUUCUUAUGAAUAUCUUCACAACAAGUGUUUGUGUGGUGCUCCUCUUCAGCGCUGUAGUGAAGAUUCAAGCAACCAAGCCUUAUCUCUAAAAUUUAUUACAAGAAUCAAUUAA